CAUACACCGCACCCUCCUCCAAGUGUCUCAUUGUUGGCAGUGACUCACACUCCUUCAGAUUGUGAGAGUAACGCUCAGCAAAGCAUUCUGUCUUCUGCCUCCUCCCGAACUGACUGUGACCCUCUGCACACUACCGGUUUGCACUCCGCCUGUUCGGGCCCUAGGAGACGAUCAAGAUGGCGGACAAAUUGACAAGAAUUGCUAUUGUCAAUAGCGACAAGUGCAAACCAAAGAAAUGCCGUCAAGAAUGCAAGAAAUCUUGCCCCGUCGUCCGGACGGGAAAGCUCUGUAUUGAGGUCACGCCCGAGUCCAAAAUUGCCUACAUCUCCGAGCGUUUGUGUAUCGGUUGUGGUAUCUGCCCAAAGAAAUGUCCUUUUGGGGCAAUUCACAUCAUCAACUUGCCUACCAACCUGGAGACUCAGGUCACUCACCGAUACUCGGCAAACAGUUUCAAGUUACACAGACUUCCUAUGCCCCGACCUGGUCAAGUCUUGGGUUUGGUUGGGACGAACGGUAUUGGAAAGAGUACCGCCUUGAAGAUUCUCAGCGGCAAAUUAAAACCAAAUUUGGGAAGAUAUGACAACCCGCCAGACUGGGAAGAGAUUUUGAAAUAUUUUCGCGGUUCAGAAUUGCAGAACUACUUCACCAAGGUUUUGGAAGAUGACCUCAAGGCCAUUGUCAAGCCACAAUACGUGGACCAACUCCCACGAGCCAUUAAAGGUCCGGUCAAGACUGUGAAACCUCUCAUUGAGGCCAAGUCUGAAAUGGGCAAUUUGAAGCACAUUAUGGAUGUUCUUGAACUCAACGCCGUUCAGGAUCGUGAGAUUAGCCUUCUUUCGGGCGGAGAACUGCAAAGAUUCGCCAUUGCCCUCGUCUGUGUUCAGAAAGCAGAUGUCUACAUGUUUGACGAGCCUUCUUCGUAUCUGGAUGUCAAACAGCGCCUGAGUGCCGCCAAGACGAUUCGAGAGCUUCUGCGACCGGACGACUAUGUGAUUGUCGUUGAACACGAUUUGUCAGUUCUGGACUAUCUCUCCGACUUCAUCUGCGUCCUUUACGGAAGGCCUGCAGUCUAUGGUGUUGUCACUCUUCCAGCCUCGGUUCGCGAAGGUAUCAACAUCUUCCUUGACGGCCACAUCCCCACAGAGAACUUGCGUUUCCGUGAGGAAAGUUUGACAUUCCGUAUUGCCGAGGCAGGCGAAGAAUACUUGCUGGAUAAGGCUCGUGGAUUCGAGUACCCAUCUAUGGAAAAGACUCUGGGCAACUUCCACCUCAAGAUCAACAGCGGCACCUUCACAGACUCCGAAAUCAUUGUCAUGAUGGGUGAAAACGGAACCGGCAAGACCACCUUCUGUAAGAUGCUCGCUGGUAUCGAGAAACCAGAUGGUACGCAGAAAGUGCCAGCCAUGAACAUCUCCAUGAAGCCUCAGAAGAUCACGCCCAAAUUUCAGGGCACUGUGCGUCAGCUCUUUUUCAAGCGUAUCAAGGCUUCGUUCUUGAAUCCUCAGUUCCAGACCGACGUCUACAAGCCACUGAAGCUUGACGACUUCAUUGACCAGGAAGUUCAGAACCUCUCUGGUGGUGAACUUCAACGUGUGGCUAUCGUUCUUGCACUCGGUCUCCCGGCAGAUAUCUACCUCAUUGAUGAGCCGUCGGCGUACCUCGACUCCGAGCAACGUAUCAUUGCCGCCCGAGUCAUCAAACGAUUCAUCAUGCACAGCAAGAAGACAGCGUUCAUCGUCGAGCACGAUUUCAUCAUGGCCACCUAUCUCGCCGACCGUGUCAUCGUCUUUGACGGCAAGCCAUCCGUUGACGCCCGGGCCAAUACUCCGGAAAGCUUGCUUACCGGUUGCAACAAGUUCUUGAAGAACCUGGACGUCACGUUCCGCCGGGACCCCAACUCCUAUCGACCACGUAUCAACAAGUACCAGUCUCAAAUGGACCAGGAGCAGAAGUUGGCCGGCAACUACUUCUUCCUGGAGGACGAGAGUUGAAAUAUCUAAUUCGCGAAAGGCAACUACAAGCAUGAUAACGAUCAUCGGUAUGAUCGCCAUGAAAAGUACCAGCGUCACGAUGGCAUGAAUCACGACCAAAAAUACCACGAGUCCACGCCAACUACCGGCGCCGCAGCCUCGUGUCUGAAGAGCACGGGUAAAAGUGCGAAGAAGCGCCGAUGUGGAGUCCUAUUCAGCGAUGAGGAGGACGAGGCGGACAGCGCCGACGAAGAGGACGACGACGCUACAGGCGGUGGUUGACCUCCUGCGCCUCUGAUGCUUAUUGAUGUGCUUGGUAUCGUGUCCGUUCAUUGGUCGGGAUGUUCACAUUCACCCGACAUAUCGCUAAUACGAUGAUGAGCCAACGUCAAAAGAGAAGAGGUCCGGGUCAAGCUAGGUGAUCGCCGCCAGCGAAUGCAGUGUGGUGUUGACACAGACUCUACUAAAACGCCAAAAUAACCGGAAGAUCCACACGCAGGACUGGCGUUGUACUGGGAGAUGUUGGAGGAUCAAGUCAAAUGCAAGAGAGCAGCUACUUAUACAGAAUAGACAUGGGGCCAACAGCCACCGCCAGUAGCAGAAUAGCUGACAUUUGACCUCAC